AUGAAGAUUUCAUCUAUUUUAUUUAUUUUUAUAGCGAUUAUUGUUGGCUUAGCACUUUCACAAAAUACUAUUCCAACUUAUAAGCAAAACAGCAUUAAUUGGAAGCAAUUUCAACCAUUAUAUACAAAUAAAGAUGAUUAUGUAUUAAUUGUAGAUACAAGAUCAAAGAAUGUUUUAAAAAGAUCAACAAAUGGUGGUAUUGAUUGGUCAUCAAAUGUACUUGAUAAACAAGGAAAUAUUAUUUAUGGUAAUGCAGGAUAUUAUCAAAGAGAUGAUAAUAUUAUGGUUGUAAAUUUCCCAUCUUAUGGAAAAACCCAAAUUUCAGUAUCAAAUGAUGCAGGUCAAACAUUUUCAACCUCAGCAGUUUUUCCACAUAAAGUUGUAUCAGUUUCACCACAUUUAGAUAUUGAGGGUUUAGUGAUUGCACGUUCCGAUAAUUUCAUUUUAAUUAGUGAAGAUUUUGGUUUAACAUGGAACAAUGCAUCAUCCAAUGGUGAUGUUUUAUUCACACCAGGUGGUUCAAGCUUUCCAACCGACCCAUUAUGGGAUCCAUCAGAGAAAUCUGCAGUGUUUUUCGCAAUUUUAGCAUCAAAAACAGGAUCAGGUGCAUUUUCAGUUUCAAAAGAUAUGGGUAAAACUUUCAAAACCUUAAUCAAUGGUGCCGUCGAUAUGAUUUACACCGACUAUUACUACUAUGUAGGUGUUAUCGAUGCAUUAAAGGGUGGUAAUAAACUUUACGUCAAAUCUUUAAUGAGUGUUGUAACUUCAACCAUGGAUGGUUUCCUUCUUUGUCAAUUCCCAUUUGGUGAAGAUGUUCAACCAAAUGAUUUCCGUAUUCUUGAUGAUACAUCGGGAGCAAUUUUCAUGGGUAUUUCAAAUAGUAAAGAUGGUGAAACUUCAAACAAGAGAUUUGGUACAGUUUACGUUUCAAAUGGUGCAGGUAAUAUCUUUACACUUUCAGUGAAUCACGUUUCAAUCUCAUCAAAUGGUUACUAUGAUUUCAUGCCACUCUUUGGUGCUAGAGGUUCUUAUCUCUACAAUAAAGUUAGCAAUUUCAGAGAUACCACUACAGCACCAGUAACUAUGCUUUCAUUCAUUUCCUAUGAUAAUGGUGGUAGAUGGAACAGACUCACUCCACCAACUAAUAUGCCAUGUACAGUAAGUGGUCCUUGUAAAUUAAAUGUUCAUGGUCUCUCUGCUUUUGUCGAUAAAACCAGAGGUUAUGGUCCAAUCUAUUCCAUUGCUAGUGCACCAGGUUUAAUUCUUGCCACUGGUAAUGCCAAUCCAGCUUUAUCAUCCGAUCCAAUCAAAAGUAGAGUUAAAACAGUUUUAUCAACCGAUAAUGGUCAAACAUGGUCUAAAUUCUUUGAUGAAGGUACCAUCUAUGAAUUUGGUAACUAUGGUUCUUCAAUUAUUUUCGCAACUGCUAUGAACGAUACAAAGACCUUUUACUAUACCUUUGGUCUUGAUCAAAAACCAAUUGCAAUCAAUAUGACAUUAAAAUCAAAUGUUGAUGUCAUCAAUAUCAUUACAAGUCCAAGAAAUGAUGGAAAUAAAUUCAUCUUUUUAGUAGAGGAUGAAUAUGAUAUCGGUCAAAUGAUUGGUGUUGAUUUAACAAAUGUAUUGCCAUCUCCUUGCGAUGAUUCCUCAAUGCAAUCUUAUACCACUCGUUGUAUUUUAGGUGAAAAAACAACUUAUAGAACUGUUAAACCAAAUACCAAUUGUUAUAUGACCCAACAAGCACAAAUUUCAAAUAAAUAUUGUGAAUGUACAGUCGAAGAUUUUGAAUGUGAUAUUGGUUACGAAAGUGCAGACGAUAGCAGUUCCGAUAAUGAUGGUUCUACCUCUGGUAUUCCAUCUGGAUCUUCAGAACAAUUGAAUUGUCGUAAAUCAAUUGCUUCACAAUAUGUUCCAAUCACUGAAGAAAAUUGUACACCAGGUCAAACCUAUAUCAAAUCAAAAGGUUUCAGAAGAGUCGCUGCCACACAAUGUGUAGGUGGUGUUAAUGCAACUUAUUCACCAGAGAUUGUCAUGUGUCCAUCAAAAAAUUCUUCAAGUGGUGGCAAAGGUUGGAUCGCUGGUGUUGUUAUUGCUAUUCUUGCUUUAGCUGGUCUUGGUGGUUUUGGUUUCUACGUUUUUAAGAAUCCAGAUUUCAAACAAAAAUUAUUAAAAAUGGUUGGUUUUUCAAAGGUCGGUCCAAAAUAUAGUGUUAUCGGUAUUAAACCAAACUCAUUAGCUGAUGAUGAAUUUGGUAUUGAAGAUGAUGAUGCUCAAAUUUUAAAUGAUAAUGAUUUACAAGAUAACGAAGAUUUUUAA